CUAACCUGGGCAGCACCCCGUUCUACUUCAUCUCCCCCGUGGCCAACGGCUCGCUGGAGUUCUCGCAGAUCUUCGCAGAAUGGUACGAUCGCAAACGGCUCGAUGCAGUUGCUUCCACUGAUUCAGACCAAUAAACUGAAGCAUUACCCCAGUAUUCAUGGAGAUUUCAGCAGUGAGUUCUGGCAGCCGUGUGUGGUGUUCACGGGUCACCCGUCCCUGCGCUUCGGGGAUGUGGUGCACUUCAUGGAGCUGUGGGGCAAAUCCAGCCUCAAUACCAUCAUCUUCACUGACCUGAUGCUGGAGCUGCAGCCUCCACCCGUGGCCUACCGCCGCUGCUCCGUCCUGGGGCUUCCCUUCAGACGCUGUUAUGAGCGCAUUCACCUGCUGCCUGAGGUCAAAUCCCAAACGGCAGAUUCUGGCAGCACUUCUCCAGGCGUCCGGAACAUCGAUUAGACGCGAAUUAAUCUGGAAGCAAAAUUAAUUUCUCUACUGAUUGUAAAGGAAGGUGCUCAAGGUGACUUUGUGAGCUUCUCGAAGAAGUGCUGAUGAUGCAGAUGUGCGGAAGAUACUUAUUACAGCUUAUUAGCAGGAAAGCUGUUAGUUUGGAUGGACAGGAAAAUUAUGUGGAUACACACAUAAAUGUUUGAAUGUCAUUGCAAUUGAUCAUGCAUCAUCAGCACAGAACUGUUUUCUCAGAUUGAACUUCAUUCUGUGCAUUUAUGAAGUUAGUUCCCAAUACUUGUGGGUCCACUACAGUUUAAGGCCGCGUGUCCACCGAGAGCUGAAGAAUGUUCAUCUUUGGGUAAAACGCAGCGCUCAUCACUGUCACUUUUUAGUCAGCCGUCCAAUCACAGUGGAGGAGGGGCGGGACUAAUAGCACUCCGACCAACACAUUCUGCGCGUACUACGACUAAACAACAGUGGAGGAGACGUUAAUGCUGCUCGUCUCCGAGUAUUCUUGUCUGUACCAGAUGGGAUUCCUGGACUACUACGAAUAUUGAUAUGAAAAAUAAUGCUUGCAACAUUUAGUUCACGAUGCGUCUGCCACAUUACUUCUGUGGACAUUCAGUAUCAUAGCAACCAAAGCGUCUCGAGUGAAAAAAAAAACCUCUCGAGCGCUCACAG